AUGGAAACAUUAUUACCUAUAGGACAGAAGAAAAGUAUUCGGCCAACUAAAAAUCUAUCUGAUGAAAUGACACACAUUUUCCAUUUAAUUAAUGAUAUUUAUCAUCAGUCCUAUGUCUCAUUAGAUGAUGUAUUCAAUGAUAUAAAAACUAAUUCAAAUUUAGGAAAACUUUAUCAAUUAUUUGUAUCAUCAAAAAAUAAUAGAGAUAAUCUAUUUGAUGAUUUGAUUUUAAAAAAGAUACAAGUCUCAAUACCAAAAUUAAAUCAAAAAAAUAAUGAUUCGAUAAAUUUUAUAGAAUUUAUGAAACAAAUUGAUUUUGUAGCAAAACAAAAUCAUCUUAGUAAAGAAUAUGUGUAUGAAAAACUUUUGCAUCGAAAAAUUCCUAUGGAUACUCAAAAUCAAAAUAAUAAUGCACUUCAUUGUACUCUUACCUCACAUCAUAUACUACUAAAUGAAUAUAAUAAAGAUUUUUCUCAGCUUAAAAAUUAUUUCAUUGCACACAGUGAAAAGUCAAAUGACAAAUCUGAUCAUCGAAUGAAUUGUUUUACUUUUAUUGAAUGUGUUUCACAAUAUGUAGCAUUUAAUAAAUUUGAUAUUCGUCUUCACUUGAAUGGUCUUUUUUGUCAAGUUCAAUUGUCACUUGCUAAUCAAAGUGUUGCUGGUUCUGGUUCUCUUACCAUAGACUUUCAUGGAUUUAUGCUAUGUCUUCAACGAGUCGCUCGAACGUUUAAUAUUAAUUUAAGAAUGUUAAUAAAAAAUUUGAUUAAUCCUUAUAAGAAGAAAGAAAACUAUAGUACAAACUAA